AUGGCUAGAAGACCAGCUAGAUGUUACAGAUACUGUAAAAACAAGCCAUACCCAAAGUCAAGAUACAACAGAGCUGUCCCAGACGCCAAGAUCAGAAUUUAUGACUUGGGUAGAAAGAAGGCUCCAGUUGACGAGUUCCCAUUGUGUGUCCACUUGGUCUCCAACGAGUUGGAACAAUUGUCAUCGGAAGCUUUGGAAGCUGCACGUAUCUGUGCUAACAAAUACAUCACCAAGGUUUCAGGUAGAGAUUCAUUCCACUUGAGAGUCAGAGUACACCCAUUCCACGUCUUGCGUAUCAACAAGAUGUUGUCAUGUGCCGGUGCAGAUAGAUUGCAACAAGGUAUGAGAGGUGCUUGGGGUAAACCACACGGUUUAGCCGCCAGAGUCUCCAUUGGACAAAUCAUCAUGUCUGCUAGAACUAAGGACUCCAACAAAGAUGUUGUCAUUGAAGGUUUGAGAAGAGCUAGAUACAAGUUCCCAGGUCAACAAAAGAUCAUCAUCUCAAAGAAAUGGGGUUUCACUCCAUUGAACAGAGAAGAAUAUGUUGCUAAGAAGAACAACGGUGAAGUUCUCGAUGACGGUGCUUACGUUAAAUUCUUGUCAAGAAAGGGUAACUUGGAAGAAAACUUGAGACAAUUCCCAUACUUCAAAUACAACGCUUAA